CAGUGACGAAAGUGAUACGUAAGAUAUAAAAAGAUCAUCGUAUUUAUCAAACACAAACAUAGUUGAAGUGGGCAGGACAAGUAACAUCAAAAAUGAAAUCGUUAUACCAUCUCAUGAUAUUAGUGGUACUUCUGGGCCCAGUCAAGUUCAAUGAAUGUAAAACAACCGAUGCCCGUCAAAACACCGUGAGAAGAUUCCCAGAAGGGUUCUUGUUUGGCACGGCGACUGCUUCCUACCAGGUGGAAGGCGCCUGGAAUGUUGAUGGAAAGGCAGAAAAUAUUUGGGAUCACUUAACCCACACGCACCCAUGCGAUAUAAAGGACUGUUCCAAUGGUGACAUUGCCAACGAUUCCUACAACCAGUACAAAAGAGACGUGGAGAUGAUGAGAGAGCUCGGAUUGGAUUUCUACAGAUUCUCUUUGUCGUGGACCAGAAUAUUACCUACCAGUUUCGUAGACAAAAUAAACGAAGCAGGCGUAAAUUACUACAACAAUCUGAUAGACGAAAUGCUUAAAUAUAAUAUCCAGCCGAUGGUGACGCUGUACCAUUGGGACAUGCCGCAGAAGUUACAGGAUCUAGGGGGGUGGAACAACCCUCACAUCGUAGAUUGGUAUGGAGAUUAUGCACGCACUGUAUUUGAGCUAUUCGGGGACAGAGUAAAAAAUUGGAUCACCAUGAAUGAACCGCGUGAAAUUUGUUACCAAGGUUAUGGCGAUGUUACGAUGGCGCCGAGACUUAAUAUCAAGGGGGUGGCUGACUAUAUGUGUGCCAAAAACUUGUUGUUGGCGCAUGCACGAGCUUACCAUAUUUAUAACGAUGAAUUCAGGGAAACUCAGAAUGGAACAAUCGGCAUAACAAUAAGUGCAGGUUUUUCGGAACCGGCGUCAGAAUCUGAGGAAGAUAAAGUUGCAGCAGAGGAAGCCGCGCUUUUUGGGUGGGGUAUAUAUGCUCAGCCAAUUUUCUCAGAAACUGGAGAUUUCCCUUCGAUAUUGAAAGAAAAGGUAGCUGCAAAGAGCGCUGAACAAGGAUUCUUGCGAUCUAGACUACCGGAGUUCACACCAGAAGAAGUGGAAUACGUGCGAGGAACAUCAGAUUUUUUCGGGCUAAAUCAUUAUUCUUCGGGUUACACGUUCAGAAACGAAUCAGUUCUAGGUAUAUUUGAAUCUCCGUCAUCUGAUGAUGAUCUGGGCGCUGGCUCGUAUGUCCUCGAAGAAUGGGAAACUUCUGCAUCAUCUUGGCUAAAGGUGGUGCCAUGGGGUUUCUACAAACUCUUGGUUAAAAUUAAAGAUGACUACAAUAAUCCACCUGUAUUUAUAACUGAGAACGGGUUUUCAACUCUUGGUGGCUUGGAGGAUGACGGCCGCAUUUCGUACUACAGGAAGUAUCUGGACGCAAUGCUGGAUGCGAUAGCCGAAGGCUGCGAUGUAAGAGUGUAUACUGCGUGGAGUCUCAUGGAUAACUUCGAAUGGAUGCAAGGAUAUACAGAGAGAUUUGGACUAUACGAGGUGGACUACGAGGACCCAGCGCGCACGCGUACUCCGCGGAAGUCCGCCUUCGUGUACAAGGAGAUCGUGCGCUCUCGUGCGCUCGACUGGAGCUACCAGCCUGACACCGAUGUCAUGACCAUAGAUGAUGGACAUUGAUAGAUUUUGUCAAAGCAGUCUACAGAUGUAGCAGUGUACAGUAUGUCGAUGAUAAUAAAAUCUUAUGAAAUACGCUAUUGA